CACUUCAACACAAAUAACAGAGAAAACAAAAUAUAGCAUUAUCACACUCACAAUGCCAUAGCUUUUACAAAAACUCAAACACACAAUCUCUCUCUCUCUUUCCCCUUUUAUUAAUUCCGUUCGUUUUUUCAACCCUUUAUCUGCUUUGCACUCUCAUUGCUCUGUUCUGAAUCUCUUUAAACCAGAACAGGUUUUAACCUUCAGAUAAAAUCAGAAUAUUAUGUGUUCUAUAAUCAUGGAAAAAGCGGCAUAUAUCCAUUAGCAUUAUCAACAAUACUCUUCCAUUAACUACUUUCUGUUUCUAGAUAUCAAAUAAAAAAACUUUGUCCUAUGUUUUGAGUUGAAACAUAGCAAGGUUUUGUUUUUUUCCUUCUUUGCUAGACCAUUGAAACAAAAAGGAAACUAUUCUCUUUUCUUUAACCAAAUUUUGUUAAUUUAUUCAAAUCCAUUCCAUUUCAACCAACUGGGCCAUUGUCAUUAUCAUUUUUUAACAAAAAAAAAAAAUUCUUAAGUAAAAAAUGGUUGAAUUUCAAGGAGCAAGUGAUGAAGUUAGUUUACAACUUGAGUUUAUUUGGAGACAAGUUAGAGAACCAUUGAUCGUGCCAAUACUGAGAGUGGCAGUGUUUCUAUGUUUGACCAUGUCGUUGAUGAUGUUGGUUGAGAGGGUUUACAUGGGCAUUGUUAUUUGUUUGGUCAAGUUGUUUGAUAGAAAACCAGAAAAGCAAUAUAAAUGGGAGAGUUUUAAGGAUGAUGUUGAGUUGGGAAACUCUAAUUAUCCAAUGGUUCUUGUUCAAGUUCCAAUGUACAAUGAAAGAGAGGUUUAUCAGCUAUCAAUUGGUGCUGCAUGUGGACUCUCUUGGCCUUCUGAUAGGAUCAUCAUACAAAUUCUUGAUGAUUCAACUGACCCAACAAUCAAGGAGUUGGUGGAGCUAGAAUGCCAUAAAUGGAGAAGCAAAGGUGUGAACAUAAAGUAUGAAGUUAGGGACAACAGAAAUGGGUAUAAAGCAGGUGCUCUAAAAGAAGGAAUGAAGCAUAGCUAUGUGAAACAAUGUGAUUAUGUUGCCAUCUUUGAUGCUGAUUUUCAACCAGAACCUGAUUUUCUUUGGCGAACCAUUCCUUUCUUUGUUAAUAAUCCUGAAAUUGGUCUUGUUCAGGCUCGCUGGAAGUUUGUGAAUGCGGACGAAUGUUUGAUGACAAGGAUGCAAGAAAUGUCACUUGAUUACCAUUUUAGAGUGGAACAAGAAGUGGGGUCUUCCACCUACGCUUUUUUUGGCUUCAAUGGGACUGCUGGUGUAUGGAGAACUUUGGCUUUGAAUGAAGCAGGUGGGUGGAAAGAUAGGACCACAGUGGAAGACAUGGACCUUGCUGUACGUGCCAGUCUCAAAGGAUGGAAAUUCUUAUACCUCUCCAAUUUAAAGGUUAAAAAUGAAUUGCCAAGUACUUUAAAGGCCUAUAGAUACCAACAACAUCGAUGGUCAUGUGGGCCGGCCAAUCUUUUCAGAAAAAUGUUUAGGGAGAUUGUGACAAACAAGAAAGUAUCUUUUUGGAAGAAGAUAUAUGUUGUUUACAGUUUUUUCUUUGUUCGAAAGAUUGUGGCCCACAUCAACACAUUUGUGUUCUAUUGCAUUGUGUUACCUGCAACAGUUGUUGUGCCUGAGGUUGUGGUCCCUAAGUGGGGUGCUGUUUAUAUCCCUUCCAUCAUCACACUUCUAAAUGCUGUUGGAACUCCAAGGUCACUUCAUUUACUUCUCUUUUGGAUUUUGUUUGAGAAUACUAUGUCUCUACAUCGAACCAAGGCAACAAUUAUUGGUCUUUUAGAGGCUAGUAGGGUGAAUGAAUGGGUUGUUACUGAAAAACUUGGUGAUGCUCUUAAGGGUAAAGUUGGUGGAAAAGGACUUAAAACAUUUCGAUUCAGGAUUGUAGAUAGGAUUCACAUGUUAGAACUUCUUGUUGGAUUCUACCUCCUCUUCUGUGGUUGUUAUGAUCUUAUGUAUGGGAAAAAUCACUUCUUCAUAUUUUUAUACAUCCAAGCACUUGCUUUCUUCAUCAUGGCAUUUGGAUAUGUUGGCACUUUUAUUCCGAACUCAUAAAAGAACUAUAUCAUUCACUAAUUUCGAUUUUUGGUACUUCAACUUUGUUUAUAUCUAUAAAUAUAUUGUAAUAUAUAUUGU